AUGCUCCCGGAGAAGGACGGCGGCGUGGUGGACGCGUCGCUCGUGGUGCACGGGACCGCGAACCUCCGCGUCGUCGACUGCAGCGUGAUUCCCGUGCUGCUGUCGGCGCACCUGCAGACGGCCGCGUACGGGAUCGCCGAGGUGGCGGCGGGCUUAGUGAUUCGCGCUGCGAAGGAUGGAGUGGUGGUG